ACCAGUGUUAGUAACCUGAAACUAAAUAUUCAAGCGUUGUCUGGGUCGUCUUGAGUCAGCCAGCUGGGAAACAACUGGUUUCGACUUUAUAAGCGACAGGAUGGAAAAGAGCGAGAGAAGGAUAUUAAUUAAUUGGUUGUAGAGAGGCUGAGAGAGCGAGUUGACCCUGCGGGAGAUUCAACCCCGACUGAGAGUCAGAAUGAAGCUCCAUGAAAAGAUUCUGACCCAUUUCCUGUCAUGCACAUCUCCAGUGGAUAAGGAGGGAUAUCUCUACAAAAAGAAGGAGAGAAAUGCCACUUACCACAGGCGGUGGUUUGUGCUGAAAGCCAACCUGCUGUUCUACCAGGAGCGUCCGGCUGACCGUCACCUUCUGGGCGUCAUCGUGUUGGAGGGCUGCACGGUCCAGAUGUUGGACUCUGACGGGUUUUUCCCCUUCGCCCUGCAGUUCGGGUCCGGACUCAAAACCUACAGGUUUGCCGCCGGAGACGCUCAGACUCAGGGGCGCUGGGUUAAAGCGCUCUUCCUGGCCAGCCACUGUUACCUCUCCAAUCUGGUGAGAGACCUGGGGAGGCAGUAUGAAGAAGCUAAACAGCAACAGGACUCUACCAACUCCUGCUCCUCCUUCAAAUCCCUCAGUUCGCCCACCAACAGCCUCCUGGUUCCAGCACUGCUCCCACUUUCACUCGUCAGGGAGGGGAGGAGCUUCAGCGCCAGCGAUGCUCUACCGCCACCAUCAAUGCCUACUAAAAUGGCUGCCAAAAAGUCGCCCAAAAAGUGGCCGAGGAGAAACGCUCACGUGACGCCGCUCAACGGACCGGCGCCGCUGUACGGCGAAUGGCCUCUGGUGGGGUCCGACCCACUCGUGGAGUUCAGUAAACUUCAUGAUUUUUAUGGGCAGGAGGUUCAAAAAGCAAGAGAGGAGUGGCUGAGGAGUCGCCAAACAGAAAGGGAGCAACGUGAGAAAGCUCUAAUCGAUCUGGGCUGAAGGAAAGGCGCUGAAAGGGAACUGAGAUGAAGUUAUUCAGUCAGGAACUGGAACAUUGUGAGUCAUUCUGCUCUGACUUUCACAGAGUUUGAGGCUCAGAUACUCGUUUGAAAUGUUUUAUUUGUUUAUGACAAAGUGAUAUUUUCCUGAUCUGACUUAAAGAAAAAACAGAAAUGUAUAUAAAAAAAAUAGUUCUGAUCCCCA